GCUUCAAGAUCUUGCUGUAUAUCCUAGCUUACGAGAAGCGCAAUUGAAUUCUGCACAAUGCGUAACAGGACGCUUUCCAGACAUCGAGGCCACUGGACGCAGUCAUUACUUAAGGGCACUUUUAUGGUGUUCUAUCAUAUGUGACAUGUUACUUAGUCCAAUACUGGUCUAUUUUAUCUUGGCAUACCUGGAAAUAAGUGAUAACGACGAGAGAAAUUGCAAGUUAUGCUGUCCAGCAUUAGCUGGAAAGUCAUUUUAUGGCCGACAAACUGCUGAUGAUUGGUUUAGUAUCAUGACAAAUCUCUCUCUGACAGCUCACAGUGAAUAGAGACUAUGCAGGAGGCAGCAGCAGCAGGAACUGUGCUUGGUGGAAAUGAAACUGGUGCAUGCUCUUCUAAUGGAGAAGGCAAAGAAACAAUUCCGCUAAAUGGUAAUAUACAAACUUCAGUGCCUCUUAUUUAUAAGAGGCGAAACGUUAGGUUCAGAAUUCAAUGAAGUAGGUUUGGUUCCGGUCAGCUUUGUUUAGUUUAACUAAACUCCACCUUAUUCGAUGUAAUAGCCUGUUGGGAAUAA